AUGAAGAAGGAUUUGGCCGAGUUUGGUGAUGCCAUGACCCAGGAAGUUGCCGACCUCACCUCUGCGGCGAAAGGAGGUCUUGACACAGCUACGACCGUCAUUAAAGAGCAGGCACAAUAUCUGGAGAAGUUAGUAACGCCUGACGAAGAGGAGAAGCCUGUUGUUGUCGAAGAAGAAAAGAUGGCUGAACCUGAGACAGAAAAGUCGACCGAUUCUGUUCCGAAAUCGCAAUCGUAUGAGAGUUCAUUGGCUGCCAAAGUUGAAAAAGGCGCGGCUUUGGGAUUAGGAUGGGUAAAAUCCGUUGUGGACACCGUCACCGAUACUGUUAAAAGCUUGGCCUGUAGAAGAAACUACUGGUGGAGAAGAAGAGAUAACUGA